AUGAUUCUACAUAAAUGGCACACCAAGUCUCAAGAACUGCGUGAAUUAUGGAUUACAGAAGGUAAUGAAUCUGAGGAAUCUAGUCAUGUUUCGGAAGCCAGAAAUCCUCCAUUGAAAGUGUUAGGAGCCGCUUGUGACAACCAAACAUCCCCAGAAAAUUGUCAUUAUUGCUAUGGUAAAUGUAAUCCCGCUGAUAUGGCUGCGAGAGGAGCUAAAUUUCAUGAGUUGAAAAACAAUCCUACCUGGUUUCAAGGACCAGAAUGGCUUAGCAUGUCAACUGAGUUGUGGCCUGGACAGAAUGAAGGGAACCCUGUCAUUGAAGAAGAAUUAGAAUACCGCAAGAACAUUAAUGAAAUUGUGUGCACGGCAGUUGAAGAAAGGGUAAUAGACAUCUCAAAAUAUAGUCAUUUAAGAAAACUGUUAAGAAUAACUGGUUGGAUGAAGCGAUUCAUCGGUAAAAUUAGAAAAACAAACCAUUUGACAGGUCCAUCAAGAAUUGAAGAAAUAGUAGAUGCCGAAAACCAGAAUGAGAUACUGAGAGCAGGUGGAAGAUUAGAACAUUCUAGUUUGUCACAUGAUGAAAAACAUCCGGCAAUUCUUUCAAAAGACUCCUGGCUAACAAAUUUGAUAGUAGAAAGUGCACGUGUUAAAAUGAUGUAUGAAGGAGUAGCAACGACCUUAGCUGAAAUUCAAAGUCGUACCACUUCUCAACUUCCAGAAGAUAGAAUUAAUGAGACACCACCAUUUUACAUGUCUGGCAUCGAUUUUGCUCGACCGAUUUACAUAAAAAACAUCAAAGGAAGUCAAAAAGCCUAUGUUACUUGCGCUAUCACUAGUGCCAUACAUCUGGAACUUGUACCGAAUCUCUCUACAAAUUCGUUCUUGAUCGCAUUCAAAAGAUUCACAUCUAGAAGAGGCAAUUGUCAAGAAACGUCCUAG